ACCACAUUGACAUCAUGACCGGCCGUUGGCAUCUAUUUGAUUCUAGUGUUGGUGGUUCGAUAGACAGCGCUAUCGAGUACUUUAUCAAGUCCCACGUCAUGUCUGGGGACACUGGCGACUGGGAGCGUUUUGAGCGGACGGUGCGGGAUGUCAACCGCUAUUUGAGAAAAUGUGGCAUGUUGACGACUGUCGAUAUGCGCAGUGGCCGACCGUUUUCUUCUGCCCAACAAUCCCUGGCGUCCUUCUUUCCGGGCAACCUGAUUCUUGGCGGCCAUCUUGCAGAGGCCACGGAGAGCAACUGGCCGAUCCACAGCAUCUUCAAGCACUUCGGGGCGUUACCAGAGGAGUUUUCUCUGGGAAGUGGGGGUCCCCAUGGCGGCUACCCGCAGCGUCCCGAGCAUGCGGAAUCUGUGUACAUGCUUUACCGCGCGACCCAUGAUCCUGCGUACCUUGUGAUGGGGAAGGAGCUGGCAUUGGCGAUCAACUUGCGCAUGAGGACCCCGUAUGGGUUUGCCACGCUGCGCAACGUGGAUCUUCCGCACGGUGAUGAACAGCACGGCGACACGAUGGAGAGCUUCAUGCUUGCCGAGACGCUGAAGUACCUGUAUCUUCUUUUUGACGAGUGCAAUGCGGUGCAUGUUCAGGGGAAGCUCCGUGGCAGCAUCCCGUCGUAUUGCGCUGCUGUGGAGAGCGGCAGCAGUGUGGGGAGUCACGUGGGGUGGGUGUUCAACACCGAGGCGCAUUUAUUCCCCAACACGGCCGAGUGGUGGGGGCCAGUGUCUGCAGAGAGCGCAAGGGAAGAGGAGGAGGUCUCGGGAGACACGCUGACACAGCGCCGAUUGGAUGUAAUUGAUAGUCUUAUUGAUGGUCUUCAUGAGUUGCAGGGCGGUGACAAUGACCGUGGAGGAGGAAAUACCGCCCCGCACCGAUUUUACUGUGCUAAUCAUGCGCUGAGUGACGUUGAACGGAUUUCGAAGUCCAUAUUCCGCUGA